GACGGAGAAGCCGGGCUUGGCUGGCCCGAGCGGAGGGCGGUGUUGCGCGGCAGAAAAAGCUCUCCACCGAAAAAAGUUCGUCGUCCGGAAUCGAGACCGAGAAAGAAGUAUCCCGCGCGGCGUUGUCCUGGAGGACAUACUGAGGAAUCUUACAACAGGCCAACGUGUUCUGGAGACGCUAGCUGCGGCAUCCGAACAUGGCAACCUUUUCGAAGCCUGUUGCUUCCUCGAUUGCAGGCAUCGAUUUCGGUGUCCUGUCCAGCGAGGAGAUCAAAGCUAUCUCCGUGAAGCGGAUUCACAAUACCCCGACACUCGAUUCGUUUAACAAUCCUGUUCCCGGUGGACUUUAUGACCCUGCGCUUGGUGCAUGGGGUGAUCAUGUCUGCACCACUUGUCGCCAGAGCUCCUGGUCCUGCAAUGGCCAUCCUGGGCAUAUCGAGCUUCCUGUGCCCGUCUAUAAUGUGACUUUCUUCGAUCAGCUUUUUCGGCUGCUCAGAGCGCAGUGUGUGUAUUGCCACCGUUUCCAGAUGUCGCGCGUUCAGAUCAAUGCCUACACAUGUAAGUUGCGACUCUUGCAGUAUGGCCUAGUCGACGAAGUGGCGGCCAUCGAUGAUAUGGGCCUCAGUAAAACAAGCGGGAAGUCCAAGAAGGCUGGAGAGGAGUCUGAAGAGGAGGAGGAGGACGCAGAAGACUUGAUGGCGCGCAGGCUUGCAUUCGUCAAGCGGGCUAUCAGCAGAGCGCAGAAGGAAGGCAAGGUUCAGGGCUUCAUGACUGGCGCGAAGAGCCCUGUUGCUGCAGAGCAGCGGAGGGUUGUCGUGAAGGAAUUCUUCAAGGAGAUUGCUAGCGUCAAGAAAUGCACGAGCUGUAGCGGCAUUUCUCCCGCUUAUCGCAGAGACCGAUACUCGAAGAUCUUCAAGAAAGCGCUACCUGAGAAGGCCAAACUCAUCAUGAAGCAAGCUGGAUUUCAGGCACCAAACUCCCUGGUCUUGCUUCAGCAUGCGAAGAAGUUGCCCAACAAGCCGAAGGAGCCUCUUACGAACGGUGCGACUGAUCACAUGUCGGAUGCUGACAGUGUCGUAACUGAGCUACACGGAGCGGAGGAGGAAGUCGCUCGCGAGAAUGCCGUGAUUACUCAGUUGGAGGAGAGUCGGCCGAAGACACAGACAGCUGGAGAGGGCCAACAGUACAUGCCAUCGUCCGAAGUAUAUGCUGCCAUAUGUCUCCUUUUUGAGAAGGAGAAGGAGAUCCUGAAUUUGGUGUACAACUCUCGACCCACGUCGAAGAAGGAGUCGACUGUGACCGCCGACAUGUUUUUCAUCAGAAGCAUCCUCGUGCCGCCCAACAGAUUUCGCCCAGUGGCUGCUCAAGGACCAAACCAAGUUAUGGAGGCCCAGCAAAACCAACCGUUCACCAAUAUCCUGAAAAACUGUGAUCUCAUCAAUCAGAUCAGUAAAGAAAGACAGACUGCUGGCCCGGACUCUGCAACACGCUAUAGAGACUAUAGAGACCUUCUCCAGGCCAUUGUGACGCUUCAGGAUACGGUCAACGGGUUGAUUGAUCGUGAUAGGACCGCUCUCAGCGGUGCUGCUCUCGCCCAAGCACCCAACGGUAUCAAGCAGCUCUUGGAAAAGAAGGAAGGUCUGUUCAGAAAGAACAUGAUGGGCAAGCGUGUCAACUUCGCAGCGCGAAGUGUCAUUUCUCCUGAUCCAAAUAUCGAAACUAACGAGAUCGGUGUGCCGCUUGUUUUCGCCAAGAAGCUCACCUAUCCCGAGCCCGUGACGAACCAUAAUUUCUGGGAAAUGAAGCAAGCUGUGAUUAACGGACCGGACAAGUAUCCCGGCGCCGCUGCCAUUGAGAACGAAUCUGGUCAAGUCGUCAAUCUCAAAUUCAAGACUCUGGACGAGAGAACCGCUCUUGCGAACCAGCUCUUGGCCCCGUCGAAUUGGCGCAUGAAAGGAUCCCGCAACAAGAAAGUCUACAGACAUCUCACCACCGGCGAUGUUGUAUUGAUGAAUCGUCAGCCAACUCUCCACAAGCCGUCUAUUAUGGGUCACAAAGCACGCGUACUCCCCAACGAAAGAACUAUUCGAAUGCAUUACGCAAACUGUAAUACCUACAACGCUGACUUCGAUGGUGACGAGAUGAACAUGCAUUUCCCCCAGAACGAACUGGCAAGAGCAGAGGCAAUGAUGCUUGCUGAUGCUGAUCAUCAGUACCUGGUUGCUACAUCCGGAAAGCCUCUGAGAGGUCUGAUUCAGGAUCACAUCUCCAUGGGAACAUGGUUCACCAGCAGAGACACUUUCUUUGACGAGGACGACUAUCAUCAGCUACUAUACAGCUGUCUUCGUCCCGAGAACUCCCACACAGUCACAGAAAGAAUACAGCUCGUCGAACCUGCCAUCCUCAAACCAAAGCCUAUGUGGACUGGUAAGCAGAUAAUCACCAGCAUCUUGAAGAAUAUCACUCCUCCGGGUCGAUUGGGUCUGAACCUCAAGAGCAAGUCUUCGACUCCAGGAGACCGAUGGGGUGAAGGAAACGAAGAAGGCAACGUCAUUCUUAAAGAUGGUGAACUGCUAUGUGGUAUUCUUGACAAGAAACAGCUUGGUCCCACUGCUGGCGGUCUCAUCGACUCUAUUCACGAGAUCUAUGGCCAUACCAUAGCAGGAAGACUCAUUGGUAUCCUUGGCCGAUUGCUUACCAAAUAUCUUCACAUGCGAGCAUUUACCUGCGGUAUUGACGAUCUCCGAUUGACCGAAGAGGGCGAUCGUAGACGCAGAGAGAAGCUCGACGAGGCUGCCAAGAUCGGUCAUGAAGUUGCAUUGAAGUACGUAACUCUUGAUCAGACCUCGGUACCUGACAGGGAAGCAGAGCUUCGGCGUCGCCUGGAAGACGUUCUCCGUGAUGAUGAGAAACAAUCCGGUCUCGAUAGCGUAUCGAACGCUCGAACUGCUAAACUUUCCUCGGAAAUCACUGCUGCUUGUCUGCCGAGCGGUUUGGCUAAGCCGUUCCCGUGGAAUCAGAUGCAGUCUAUGACAAUAUCCGGAGCCAAGGGUUCAAGUGUCAAUGCCAAUCUUAUUUCUUGCAACCUUGGUCAGCAGGUUCUGGAAGGUCGGAGAGUACCUGUCAUGAUCAGCGGAAAGACCCUGCCGUCCUUCAGAGCUUUUGAGACUCACCCAGUUGCUGGUGGUUAUGUGUCCGGUCGUUUCUUGACUGGAAUCAAACCACAGGAAUACUACUUCCACGCAAUGGCUGGACGUGAGGGUCUUAUCGAUACUGCCGUCAAGACGUCCAGAUCUGGUUAUCUUCAGCGUUGUUUGAUCAAGGGAAUGGAAGGUCUAAAGGCUGAAUAUGACAGCUCUGUUCGUGAGACGUCGGAUGGGUCGGUCGUUCAGUUCUUGUACGGAGAGGAUGGUCUGGAUAUCACGAAGCAGGUCCACCUGCGUGAUUUCAGCUUUCUGGCCUCGAACUACGUAUCUAUGAUGGCCCAAGUUAACUUGACCAGCGACUUCCGGAGUCUCGAGAAGGAGGAGGUGACAGCAUGGCACAAGGACGCCAUGAAGAAGGUGCGGAAGACAGGAAAACUCGAUGCGAUGGACCCUGUUCUCUCGCUUUACCACCCUGGUGGAAACCUGGGCGCCACUUCAGAAGCCUUCUCUCAGGCUGUCAAGAAGUACGAAGAUGCUAAUGCCGACAAACUGUUGCGGGAUAAGAAGGCGGGCGUUGAAGGUGUUCUUAGUAAGAAGGCUUUCAACACCUUGCUGAAUAUGAAGUACAUGAAAUCGGUCGUCGAGCCUGGAGAAGCCGUCGGUAUUGUUGCCGGUCAAUCCGUCGGAGAGCCGUCCACCCAGAUGACGCUCAACACCUUCCACUUGGCAGGUCACUCGGCCAAGAACGUGACACUGGGUAUUCCUCGACUGCGUGAAAUUGUCAUGACUGCUAGUGCUCAGAUCAUGACGCCGACAAUGACGCUGGUUCUGAACGAAGAGCUCUCUGAAGAUGACAGCGAGAAGUUCGCCAAGGCCAUCAGCAAGCUCAGUAUCGCAGAAGUCAUUGAUAAACUCCAGGUUAGAGAGAGUAUCUCAGCAAAGGGUAGUGCUCGCGCCAAGGUCUAUGACAUCCAUAUCGACCUCUUCCCCUCAGAAGAGUAUACGAAGGAAUAUGCUAUCCAGAUCAAGGAUGUUUUGAACGCUCUGCAGGCCAAGUUCGUUCCCAGGCUUGUCAAGCUGGCUCGGGUAGAGCUGAAGAGGCGAGAAGAUGAGAAGACCCUCAAGGCGCACUCUACCGCCCAGCCCGAGAUUGGUGUAUCCGUUGGCACCAUCGAGGAGGAACCUCGACACGCGAGUCGGGCUAAUGAACUGGCUGAUGACGAUGUCGAGGAUGACGAAGACGAUGCGAAGCGCGCCCGGGACGGACAGAACCGAUCGAACCAGGUUUCAUACGAGGCACCCGACGAUGAGGAGGAGAACAUUAUUCGACGACAGCAGAGCCCUGAAGCCGAGUCAGAUGACGAGGAAGAAGAGAGCAAACCGCGCAAGGAUCGUGACGUGGAGAUGGCCGAUGCAUCGGACGACGAAGAUUCCGAUGACGAGCAGGUAAAGGACUCGAAGCUCCGUGAAGACGAUAUCAAGAACAAGUUUGCCGAGAUCACCCGAUUCAAGUUCGACCAGAAGAAGGGCGACUCUUGCAGGAUUCAACUGCAGUACGACAUCGACACCCCCAAGCUUCUGCUGCUUCCGCUUGUUGAAGACGCUGCUCGAUUCGCUGUCAUCCAGUCGAUUCCCGGUCUCGGAAACUGCACGUACGUCAAGGGAGAUGAACUCAAGGGCGAGCCGGCUCACGUCGUCACUGAGGGUGUUAACCUCCUCGCGAUGCGUGAUUACCAGGAUAUCAUCAAGCCUCACUCUCUCUACACCAACUCCAUCCACCACAUGCUCACUUUCUAUGGUGUCGAGGCAGCACGUGGCUCCAUCGUCCGUGAAAUGGCGGCAGUCUUCGAGAGUCACAGUAUCUCCGUUGACAACCGUCAUCUGAACCUGAUCGGAGAUGUCAUGACACAGAGUGGUGGCUUCCGUGCAUUCAACCGCAAUGGUCUCGUCAAAGACAGCUCGUCUCCUUUGUCGAAGAUGAGUUUCGAGACCACAGUCGGUUUCUUGAAGGAAGCUGUCCUGGAGAGAGAUUGGGACAACCUCAAGAACCCCAGCAGCAGAAUCGUUGUUGGUCGCGUUGGCACCGUCGGUACUGGUGGAUUCGAUGUCCUCGCACCUGUAGCAUAGGUCGGCUGAGAAGAAAGGCCGAAGACCGGUGGCACCCUCUGUUUACUGAAGUUUGUCUCUUGUAGUUCUACUCUGUCAUACUUGUUUGUCUCUCUCGCUUGUUGAUAUCUAUUUUUUGCAUCCGUGUCUGUCACGUGUCCCAUGAACCUGGAGUUUUGCCUUUCGAUGUCAACUAUUAUAUCGUUCUUUUGUUAUCGUCAAUUAGCGACGGAAAAAAAGAUAGAACCAAAAGUGAUAUAUUCUGUUCAAGAAAGAGUAUUUAUCCAUUUAUCUGUG